UACUGCGCAUGUGUUUCCAUUAGCCACCCGUCGGCGGGCCAGCCGGUGUGACAAACCAAGCGCGCCAGUACGACUCUCCGCUCAGCAAACGACGUUACGUGGGAGCUUCUUUUUUUUAAAACUAAUCUGAAAUGGCGACGGCAAUAUAUUUGGAACAUUAUCUAGACAGUAUUGAAAAUCUUCCAUGUGAGCUUCAGAGAAACUUCACCUUGAUGCGCGACUUGGACAACAGGACUGAAGAAAAAAAGGUGGAGAUCGAUAAGCUGGCCGAGGAGUACAUUGCCAACGUGAAGAACCUGGCGUCAGAGCAGCGAGUGGAACACCUGCAGAAGAUCCAGAGCGCUUACAGCAAGUGCAAAGAGUUCAGCGAUGACAAAGUGCAGCUUGCCAUGCAGACCUACGAGAUGGUGGACAAACACAUCCGCAGACUGGACGCGGACUUGGCGCGCUUCGAGAACGAGCUGAAGGAGAAACUGGAAGUGAGCGGCUACGAAAGUGCAGAAGGAAGAGUGCUGAAAAAGGCCGAGUCCCGCGGCCAGCGAGAGAAGCGCGGCUCCAGGGGAAGAGGAAGGAAAGGCUCCGAUGAGGACUCUCCCAAAAAGAAAAAGAUGAAAAACAGUCCGGAAUUGAGCGACGCCCUCUUGCCCGUGCAGCCGUCAGACGUGCUGGACAUGCCUGUGGAUCCCAACGAGCCUACGUACUGCCUGUGUCAUCAGGUGUCCUACGGCGAGAUGAUCGGCUGCGAUAACCCCGAUUGUCCCAUCGAGUGGUUCCACUUUGCCUGCGUCGACCUCGCCACCAAACCCAAAGGAAAAUGGUUUUGUCCAAGAUGCACUCAAGACAAGAAGAAAAAAUAAGCAGCAUUCAUUGUGUAAUAUUGGAGUAAAAUAGUUUAAUUAUAUACAUAUAUAUAUAUAUAUAUUUUAGUUGCACACUAUAGAAAUUAUUGCGUCAUUAAGCUUUGUUUAAAAGGCCUCAUGUGGAUUGUUGAGCACCAUCACGUUUAAUCAAGCGGCGUACAAAUUCACUUGCGUACGACUCAGAAUCCUGCAUUGUGGCUAAAGGAUACUUGAAAUUGUAUUUUUUUUUUUUUUUUAAGAUAUAAAAGCCUGCUGAGAAAUGAAGCAUUUUGUACGUCUUUAAAAAGAUUUGUAUGUUACCUACCUCCAGCACACAAGGUUGGACAAACCCCCCCCCCCC